CUGCUCGAAGCCGCGCGUGUAGUGCAGCGGUGUCUCCGCUUGGUCCGGUCCCGGCGGCACCAUGGUGAAGCCACGCUAUAAAGGCCGCAGCACCAUCAACCCGUCCCGCGCCAGCACCAAUCCCGAUCGCGUGGCUGGCGCGGGCGGGAACAACAUGCGGGACCGAGCCACCAUCCGCCGUCUCAACAUGUACCGGCAGAAGGAGCGGAGAAACAAGCGUGGCAAAGUGAUUAAACCUCUGCAGUAUCAGUCGACAGUGGCACCAGGCACAGUUGCAAGAGUGGAACCAAAUAUUAAAUGGUUUGGGAAUACUCGUGUGAUCAAGCAGUCAUCCCUACAAAAAUUUCAAGAAGAAAUGGAAACUGUCAUGAAAGAUCCAUACAGAGUGGUCAUGAAGCAAAGCAAAUUACCAAUGUCCCUUUUCCACGAUCGGAUUAAACCUCACACCUCCAGAGUUCACAUUCUUGACACAGAAACAUUUGAAACAACGUUUGGCCCCAAAGCACAGAGGAAAAGGCCAAACCUUGCUGCAAGUGAUGUGCAGUCUCUGCUGGAGAACGCAGAAGCCUCAUCAGAGUGUUAUGAUCAGGGCAAAGACAGAGACCUGGUCACAGAAGACACUGGUGUAAGGGAUGAAGCACAAGAGGAAAUAUUUAAGAAAGGACAGUCAAAAAGAAUUUGGGGUGAGCUGUACAAGGUGAUAGACUCAUCUGAUGUUGUUGUUCAAGUUCUUGAUGCCAGAGAUCCUAUGGGUACUCGCUCCCCUCAUGUGGAAUCUUAUCUGAAAAAAGAGAAACACUGGAAACAUCUCAUUUUUGUCCUGAACAAAUGUGAUCUUGUUCCUACCUGGGCUACUAAGCGCUGGGUUGCUGUCCUUUCCCAGGAAUACCCAACACUUGCUUUUCACGCCAGCCUCACAAACCCUUUUGGCAAAGGUGCUUUCAUACAGCUUCUAAGGCAGUUUGGAAAGUUACACUCUGACAAGAAACAGAUCAGUGUGGGAUUUAUUGGGUACCCAAACGUUGGCAAAAGCUCAGUGAUCAACACAUUGCGGUCUAAGAAGGUCUGCAAUGUGGCUCCCAUUGCUGGUGAAACCAAGGUGUGGCAGUACAUUACUUUGAUGAGGCGGAUUUUUCUCAUUGACUGCCCAGGGGUUGUGUAUCCAUCUGGAGACUCAGAAACAGACAUUGUUCUGAAGGGAGUGGUUCAAGUUGAAAAGAUUAAGAGCCCUGAAGACCACAUUAGUGCGGUGCUGGAAAGAGCCAAACCAGAGUACAUCAGGAAGACAUACAAAAUUGAUUUCUGGGAAGAUACAGAAGAUUUCCUGGAGAAGCUUGCUUCUAGGACUGGCAAACUACUAAAGGGUGGUGAGCCUGAUGUGCAAACUGUCAGCAAGAUGGUUCUCAACGACUGGCAGAGGGGCAGAAUUCCAUUCUUUGUGAAGCCACCAAAUGCAGAAGCAGGUUCUGAGCCACCUGCACUGGAAGGAGCAAUGACAUCAAGCCAAUCUAUCAACGAGAAGGAAAUUUCUGAGUCUGUAGCAUCAAGUAUGGAGGCAACAGAAGAGAAGAACAACACAGACACAGAAAUGAAGCAACUCAUGGCAAACGUUCGGCAAAACUUUGGGAGGAUUAAUGUAGCACCUCAGUUCUCAGAAGAAGACCUAAUUCCUGUAGAUGUGCCAGGCUUUGAUGAAACAGACAGCGAUUGUCCUGAAGAGGAGGAACAGGAAGAAGAGGAAGAGGAAAAUGAGCAACAUCAAGAUUCAGUAGAGGCAGAAUCACAGCCAACUGUACCGAGUGCCAAGGAAAGCUCGAAGGCAGUUCUUCAGGCUUUGGAGGAGAAGAUUGCAAAAUGCAAAAAAUUCCUGGAUAAGGCCAAAGCCAAGAGAUUCUCAGCAAUAAGAAUCCCCAAGCAGCUGAGUGAAAAAGUGUUUGCAAAAUCCACGCAGAAGGCUGAAGAGACCAAAGAAAAUGAAGAGAAAGGUGGCACAGUAAAGAAAAGAAAAAGGAAUAGAGAAGAGGAGGAUGAUGAAGACCACUUGGGUAAACAGCCUUGCAAGAAGCUGACAUCCAAAGAAGAGUCACAUCUCGUUCUUUUUCUGCAUCAUCUGAAAGUUCUUUAUGCAACUGGAUCGUGGUAUUUCCACAUCACCAUCUAAGGCCAGUAAACACUGCGUUUGCAAAAAAAACACUUCCUGAAAUGUUCUUCAGAUUUGGUCUGCUGGAAAUGAGCUUUAUGGAGCUGUUUCAGAGAGCACAGUGAGCUUCUCUUCCUAUGCCUGUUUGCUGAUUGUAACUAGCUGGUUAUGCAGCUAUCUCAGCUGAAACUGUCAUUUGCAUUCACUGAGAAGUGCUGCUUGGAUACAUCUUUGUUUCAUUAGAAAUAAGCACAGGGUUUGGUAUUGCUCAUCUUAGGUGACUGCUGCUGGUUGCUGAGAAGGAUUUUGGUACAUAAAUAACACUGACUUGCACGUGCUCAGGAAGUACUCUAACUGCCUUGUGUCCAAGAGCUACCUAAAACCUAACAGUGAAUGUGACACACGUGAGUGUAGACACUUCAUAAACUGCCUCUGAAUGAAUUUUGUACACUUCCAGAGUAAAAACUUUAGAGAUGCUUGCCUGGAAAAGCAUUUAUUAGUUUAUUGCUUUGAAGAUCAUCCAGCAUAUUGCCAACUAGCGAGACCCAGCCAUGUUCACAUAUCGAGGAGCUGAAUGCUGUGAUGGCACAGGAAGAAGGCACAGUUGUUACUGAGGUUUUAAAUUUCAAUUCUUAACGAGAAAAAGGGAGAAAUAAUGCAAUUAGACUGCUUUCAGUUACCGGUAAGUGAAAGUUCAGUACUGUUUUAUGAAGACAAAUCUUAGUCAUUAAUUGCAAACUUUGUUCUCUGACAGCUCUUCUGGCCUGGAGGCCAACAAAAAAUUUACUUAUUUGGUGCAAUGAUGCUUUCAAGUUGAGCCUGAAAAGCAAAUGGGAGAAUCAGUCAAAUUAGAUUUAAUCUAGAAAAUAAAAACUGUGUGGCUGAGCAGUGAUAAAUUGUCUGUUAGAUAUUCAAAGAGAAGAGCUGAGUGAUACUGUGGUACUUAAGAGGAACAGAGCAGGGGUUUUUCCCUAGCUACUCCAUUCCUCACUACAUGUUUUAUAAAUUAGCUUUUCAUUCUUGGCAUGCACACUUGUUGCUUUCUGAGAAGAAAAGAGCUGGCCUUGGCUCCAUACAAUGAAAGACUCAUUUUAUAAUGUAAAGCACUGAGGAGGAAAUUAAAUAAAAGCUGUUGAAACAGUG